ACAACAAGGCAGACAGCUCUGUAACAUACUUUACAAACACUUUCAAAACCUUUGGAAAUAUUCACAUCUCACCAUGUGCAGAGGACUCGAAUCACUGCCCAUCACCUGCCUGGAAAGGGCAAAGGAGCUGAAAGCUUUGUUUGGAAGUUUACUACAGAAGUCAGAUCACAGCAUCACCGGGCAUUCAAAGAAAAGGUUUAAUGUCAACGAGCCUCUGAAAUGGAAGGAGUCGUUUGAGAAACUGCUGUCCAGCCAAAAUGGACUGUGCCUGUUCAGAGCAUUCCUCGUCUCAGAGUUCAGUGAGGAGAACAUCGUCUUCUACCUGGCUUGUGAAGACUACCGCACAACUAAACCCUCAAAACUGGCCGCUAAGGCUAAGAAAAUUUACGACGAGUUUAUCGGAACUGAUGCACCACGAGAGGUAAAUCUAGACCAUGUGACCAAGGCUAUCACAAAGGAGAACAUGAAGCAUCCCAGCCAGUCCUGUUUCGACCUGGCCCAAGCCAAAAUCUACACCCUGAUGGAGAAGGACUGCUACCCUCGCUUCCUCAAAUCCUCCACAUACCUGGACCUCAGCAGAAAGACCAAGUCAGGCAAAUAGACUUUUCUUUUUAAAAACUUUCCUUGCGAGCAGCAGGCGUGAUGACUUCACUCCUCAAAGGGACAUAAGCUUAGUGACGCGCAGCGGAGACUGGAAAAGGUUGAGAAGGAACAAAUACCUCAGCCCAAGGAGUUUCACGCCGUUUUUGUGUGGAUGUUAUUUUGGAGAGCGGAGGUCCCACACUGAUCAGAGUCCGGCCUGGAAGCUAAAGGACGCUGUAGCUGUGAGAAGAGACUGACACAGACUGAGCUGCGGGCGAUGUCUGCCUCGGGAAGAGACACAUGUACUGUAUAUACAGGGCUGCAUGAACAGCAGUCGCAGUGGCAUGAAGUGUAAAAUGCAGAGAGACAGAAAAAUGUUUCACACAACAAAACUACCACUGUGAGAGAUGCUGAGUCUUCUCCGUAGCAUUAACGUUUAUUUAUUCUUUAUUUAUUUAUUAAAAAGUUAAUUUUUUCUAUGUGAAUGUUUGCUGUGCAACUGGUUGGUGAAAACUGAUUUGUAUUUUAUA